AUGCACGGAUUGAAGAGAGAGCCAAACGAUCAUGUCGGCGCAGGGAAUGCCACGGUGCACAAAACACCACACGGUCCCGUGGACGUAUCAGACACAGCAAAGCCCGAGGGGGUGCCACGGUAUCCCGAACAGGCGCAGACUGGGACCUCUGUGCAAACGCACCACCACGCACGCAUCCACGAGCACGCAGACACGGAACCACAGAAACACCUGCGGCAUCAAAUGGGACGUGCAAGCCUGCAAGACGACGAACCAACAUUUGGCACCAAGCGUUCGGCAUCACAGGAACUGAGCGACAUGGAUGUAAAACGAUUCAAGGCUGAUCCGGACGAGGCCUCUGGACAAGAAGACGCACCACCCACACUUCCCUUUACUGUUCCCUUUCCAGACAAGCCCGCAGUGCUGGAAGAGCGAGCCGGCGACAUUGAGUACCGGGUUGUGAACAAUGACGGCAGCCGCGAGAGCACCAUCACGCUCACCGGUCUCAAGUGUCUCUUCCAGAAGCAGCUCCCCAAGAUGCCCAAAGACUACAUUGCGCGUCUAGUGUACGACCGGAACCACCUGUCCAUUGCCAUCAUCAAGUUGCCGCUCGAGGUGAUUGGCGGCAUCUGCUACCGGCCGUUUCACGCGCGCAAGUUUGCCGAGAUUGUCUUUUGCGCCGUCUCGUCGGACCAGCAGGUCAAGGGGUACGGCGCGCACAUCAUGUCGCACCUCAAGGACUACGUGCGCGCCACCUCGCCCGUGAUGCACUUUCUCACCUACGCCGACAACUACGCCACGGGCUACUUCCAGAAGCAGGGCUUCACCAAGGCCGUCUCGCUCGACAAGGCGCUCUGGAUGGGCUACAUCAAGGACUACGAGGGCGGCACGCUCAUGCAGUGCAGCAUGCUGCCGCGCGUCCGCUACCUCGAGGCCGGCCGCAUGCUGCUCAAGCAAAAGGAGGCCGUGCUGGCCAAGAUUCGCCCGCUCAGCCGCAGCCACAUUGUGCACCCGCCGCCGCCGCAGUGGUCCGGCGCGGGAGGCGUCCACCCCAUCGACCCGCUGUCGAUUCCGGCCAUUCGCGCCACGGGCUGGUGUCCGGCCAUGGACGAGAUGGCGCGCGCCCCGCGCCACGGGCCGCACUUUACCGAGCUCCGGCGCUUCCUGUACCAGAUGCAGAACCACAAGCAGGCGUGGCCGUUCUUGCACCCGGUCAACCGGGAUGAGGUCCCGGACUACUACACCGUCAUCAAGGAGCCGAUGGACCUGUCGACCAUGGAGGAGCGCCUGACGCAGGAUAUGUAUACCGGGCCGCAGGAGCUCGUCCGCGAUAUGAAGCUGAUUUUUGACAAUUGUCGCAAGUACAACGACGCCACGACGAUAUACAGCAAGUGCGCCGCCAAGCUGGAAAAGUACAUGUGGACGCUGGUCAAGGAGGUGCCCGAGUGGCACAACCUGCUUGACGAGCAGGCGUCCUAG